AUGAAGCAUUUAAAUCAAUUAUCAAAACAGACGGAUGACUACUUAGGACUAUUUUCUGGUUAUGGUGCUACAUUUAUUCGAGAUGCUCCAUUUGCUGGCAUUUACUUGUUUUUUUAUGAAGGAUGUAAAGCAUGGGCUAAUGAAUAUAAAGACAAUCAUCGUUUACCAGUAGCAAAUGCAGUAGUCAACAUGGGAUCUGGAGUGAUUGCAGGUAUUGCAGCUACUUGCACAACACAGCCCUUUGAUAUGUUAAAGACACGUAUGCAACUUAAACCGAUGAUAUAUAAAAACAUGGUACAAGCAGCGAAAAAGAUAUAUUUAGAAGAAGGACUUGUAGGAUUCUUUGAUGCUACAUGUCAAAUUGAAAGAGAUAUUCACGAAUGUUAUGAUACAAAGUUUUUAAGAUUUCGUAGUGUCCCUAAAGGCCUAUUGCCCAUAUCUGGCAAACCAGCACUAAGUUGGUUCUAUUCUAAGGCGAAAACAGUAUUUUAUCAAAUUUAUAUUGUAACAAAUGCAUACAACACAAGCGCAUUAUCUGACUUGGCUUUUGUUCAUCGUGUUAAACAGAUUCAAAACGAUAUUGUUAUUACUUCACCAGAACUAUUUUGUGAAGAUGUUUUACCUGAUGUUUUAUUUACAACUUCCCAUUUUAUACUUUACACGGCCAAUAAAAUUCCUUUUGCAUUUGGCAUGAGUCAAGCAUCAAUUGAAAAACUCGACUAUUUCUACGAAAGUAAUAUAUAUAAAGGGUCAAGCUGGCAAGAAGAAUUGGUUCAUUAUAUGACUCAAGAGCCAUCUACUCAUCAAGUUACUUUUGAUCAUAAUGAACCCCAUCAUCAUUUUAAUUAUGUAGAUCCCGAGAUUUCGCUGAAAUCUUAUCUUCAUCAUUGGCAAUUCUCUCUAGAUGAUUUUAAACAACGACAUAAUAAUCAUCACAAAACCCUUCAGUCCAAGUCACCACUUCAUCAAAGAGCUUAUGCGCGUGUAGGUUUAAUGGGUAAUCCUAGUGAUGGAUUCUUUGGUAAAACACUGUCGCUUUUGAUUUCGAAUUUUUGGGCAGAGGUCACGUUGAUACCUCAUGAGCAACCAGAGAUCACAAUAUUACCUAAUCCAGUAUCAGACCCUCAUCAUUUUUCUUCCUUAGAGUGUUUAGUGGGCGUCUCCAAGAUUGAUGGGUACGAAACAGGUGAUCGACUUUUACAAGCUUGUUGUAAAGUCUUUUAUUGUUACUGCCAAGAACAUCAAAUUCCUAUUGAUACAGAACAUGGAUUCAAAAUGAUGUUUGAAACCAACAUUCCACGUCAAGUCGGCCUCGCAGGAUCCUCAGCUAUCAUUACGGCUCUUUGGAAGAUUUUAUCUUGCUUUUAUGGUGUCACUGAAAUUCCUUUAGAGGUUCAAGCAAGUCUUAUUCUAAAAGUGGAACAAGAUGAAUUAGGUAUUGCUGCUGGUCUUCAAGAUAGAGUUAUUCAAACUUUUGGCGGAUUAGUUUACAUGGAUUUUGAUCGUGAAUAUGUAGAAAAACAAGGUCAUGGAAAAUAUAAAUCAUUAGAUGUCAACUUAUUACCCAAACUAUGGUUAGCUUACGUUGCUGAUCCUGAAGAUUCAGGUAAAGUUCAUAGUACAGUUAAGCAGCGUUUUCUAAAUGGUGAUCAAGAGAUUAUUCAAGCUAUGAAGCAAUUUGCCUCUUUAACAGAUCAAGCUAAAAAGAGCUUAGAGUUAGGUGAUCACAAAAGAUUUGCUGAACUCAUGUCAGCUAAUUUUAAUCUUCGUCGAGCUACUUAUGGUGAUGCUGUGAUAGGCGCUUCAAACCUGAGAAUGAUUCAAUUAGCACAAGAGCAUAAUUGCGUUGCCAAGUUCCCAGGAAGUGGCGGUGCUGUUGUUGGUAUGUGGCAUGGUGAAAAUAAAGAAGAAGAAAAGAAAGAUUUGUUUCAAUUACGUCGUGCCUUAGAAAGCGAAGGCUAUGUAUUUAUAGAAUUAUCACCCAUGAUUUAUGAAUAA